UUCGUCGGUGUUGUUCGUGUGGACUCGUCGUUUUCUUAUUCGUCUAGGUUUAUAAAAGCUGGAUCGGCACCCCCGCAAGUUUAUUUACGUUUGCGCGCCAAGAUAACUACGUCGCCAUGUACCGGUUAUUAUUCCCGGUGUUUCUGACAUUGAACGCUGUGUCGGCAGCGCCUCAGGAUGUUACAGAAAACUCCAACGUUACGUAUGUGCAAAUACAACCACUAGUCAACAAUGACACGCAAGCAGACUCGGUUAUACAAGAAUCCAAAAUCGAAAAAAUACCGCUCACAAUUCCGGGAACCGCUGCAAUCGAAAGCAAUGGCGUUUCCCGCCAAAAUCGAACCGAUGUUAUCACAACAGAGAUCGACCAAUCAGAAACGACGACGUAUACACCGGAAACAACACGCAUUAUUCCGGUCAAAAGAACAACUACUGAAAAAAUUACAACUCCAACGGAUGUCGCUACCACGUUAUUGCCUAUUAAACCAUCUUUCAUUAAACCGAAACCGAAAUUUGUGUCUAAAUUAAGUUAUUACAAUAAAGCGAGUUCAUUUGAUGUUAAUGCGGCUAAAAAUUUAGUUGAACGCGUUGGUAAAAGGAAGUAUAAAAGUCGUUGUAGGUGUGAAAAAAUUUGGAACUGUCCGAAAUUGCAAAUAACAGUGCCGAGAUGUCCGGAUGAAUAUUUUCUAUGUUGUUUCUAAAAAAGUAAUAAUUAGGUAGAAUCUACAAACCCUGGAUUUUCUUACAAUAUACGUAACAUUGCGUGACACGAUUAAAAAUCAAUCCCGUGCAUUAGUCCCGCCAUAAAUUCGAAAAGUAACGUAACAUUUGUUUUUAAGAAAGAUAGAAAGAAAUUCGCUUCUUUUUCUUUCUAAAAUAAUUGCUUUUUUCCAACCAACCAACUUAAAAAAAAGCUCAUAAGAACGAAUUUCAAAGGGUCAUCUUAAGAACUAUUUUAUUUGUAAUGUUUAGUUAAUUACUAAGAACACUUAAAAACAAUUUGUGAAGCUUAUAAACAAUUUACAGUUAAUUUUUAGUCAAUCUAACACUUUAUAUAGACCUUUAUUUUGCACCAGAACAGGAAUUCAGUGAGCAGAAAAUCAAACAAUUGUGUAAGUUGCAAAUAUAAAUGAUGCCAAAUGCUUCCCACAUCCGUAUAAGUUACGGAGAAAGUAUCACUGAUUUUCAGGGACGACCGUUAUUGAUUUUAAAAUUAUUUACUCCUAGCAAUCCAUCUUGGCCUCGCCCGUGUUACAUAUUUAGCCUAUAGCAGGUUCAAACGAACAAAUGUAUCACUGUUAUAUUAUCAGUACAGAAAUGUACUUUCUAAAACUUAUUUUCUUAUCUUUUUGAAUUUUAUACGUAUAUAUAUUUUAUGAUAUAUAAUAUAACAUAUCAUAAUAAACAUUAAAUUGUUCUACAUUUAAAAAUGAUUUAAUGUACAACAGUGUUUUUUAUCAUUUCUCGUAAUGUAAUUAAUUGCUUGUUAUUGCAGGUGUAAACAAAAAUUAAUCAAGUGGGUGCAGUAUAUUUUUUACUCAGUUAAUAAUUGCAAAAACAAAUCCGUAUCUUGUAGUUAGAAUAUAGUGAAUAAUUGAAAAAUUACAUGAUUUUCGCCAUUUAAAUAAUUGUUUUACGGUAAUUGUAACUAUAAAUUAUUGUUAUAAUAUGCAGUAGUAACUAUUUUAAUAGAUUUAAUCCUUCUGAUUUAAUAAACCAGCAAUUUUCAACGGACGCAAGUGAACUGCUAUUAUAAUAUAUUAUACUUCCCACCCUUUGAGUGGGUAAAUCUUGCAUAGAUACUCACGGCCCUCGAGGAAGGAGCCGUGGGUUAUGUCGGAUGCCUACGGCCAAAACCCCAAUGUGUUUCGUCGAAUCGCUUCAUUGAAGAAGCAAGGGUAGGUGGUUAUAAUUCGUCCACGACCCUGUCUUAUACUUUAUGGUAACGGAUUUUCAUAAAAAAUAAAAAUAAAAGUUUCUUUAUUUGUUUCAAAAUUUUUUACAUGAUAUAGAUACUGUAUAUAUUGCAUUGAACCCCACACUCAUAUAACUCAAAGGUCGCCUACGCUCACUUGUUUACGAAAACUUAUUAAUUAUUUUCUUUUUUCUUUCACAUAGGCAUUGAAAGUUUUGGUACUUAUCGAACCGCGAAGUAAUGUUAGAUACAGUUAUAUAAACAUUGCCUGAUAUUGUAUAACUUUCGUAAAAACUGUUCCCACCGUAAGUGUCUUUAGUGUUACAUUAAUUAUGUAAGAAUUUAUUGGAAGUCAAGAAACUGUAUAUAAUUAGUAGUUUGUAUUAAUUAUACAUUGAUGUUUAG